AUGAAGCUCCUCCACACCCUCGUCGCCAGCGUCCUAGGCCUGGCAGUCUCGGUACAGGCUACAGACUGCACUGAAGGCAUGAUGUACUGUCAGUCUGUUUUGGAAGACAUUGGUAUGGCUACCCGGUUAUUGCUCAAUUUACUAUAUUAUGCCAAAUAUUCCACUCUUAUACCGCAGGCCAUCUCCGCCUCCGACAUGAGUGACCUCGGCUCUGCAACUGGAGCAUUAGAAAUACCAUACGGGUACCUAUUUCAAUGUGGAAGUGGUGGAUCAAUCACCGUUGCGAACUUUUGCGGUCUUGGAUGUGUAAAUGCAGGUGCUGGACACAAUGACCACUGCCUGCUUCCUUAA